GAGACCUAAUAUACGUUCCUCAAGCACAAAUGGGACGCCGAGUUCUGGUUAAGUAUUCAGCCAAAACUUAACUAGCGGCGUCGUUCCACCGCAAGCUCCGGCGCGAGGAAUUAACCAAUAACAUAACAUCUCUGAUCACUGACCAGUGCUCAUCGAGCAGUUCAGAAACGCCCACAUCACAACUCAGCUAUGGCUUCGGCCGCUUCGAAGCUCUACGCCGACGAUGUGAGCCUUCUGAUGGUUUUGCUGGACACGAACCCUUUCUUCUGGAGCUCAUCCAAUCUCCCGUUCUCCAAGUUUCUCCCCCACGUACUUGCGUUUCUGAACUCGAUUCUGCUGCUCAAUCAACUCAACCAGGUGGUGGUUAUUACCACGGGGUACAAUUCCUGCAGCUACAUCUACGAUUCUUCUUCGGACUCGAACCAGGGCUCUGAUCAUGGAAGAAUAAUGCCGGCGCGGUGCUCUAACUUGUUGCAGAAGCUGGAGGAAUUCGUGAUCAAAGACGAGCAAUUGUUCAAAGAAGGGUCGAGAGAAGGGAUUUCUUCUUCUCUGCUAUCUGGGUCUUUAUCAAUGGCUCUUUGUUAUAUACAGAGGGUUUUUCGAUCAGGGCCACUUCAUCCUCAACCUCGCAUUUUAUGCUUGCAGGGAUCAUCGGAUGGACCUGAACAAUAUGUUGCAAUCAUGAAUUCAAUAUUUUCUGCACAGCGUUCUAUGGUUCCUAUAGAUUCUUGCUAUAUGGGAUCGAGCAACUCUGCCUUCCUACAGCAGGCUUCAUAUAUUACUGGUGGUGUGUAUCUGAAGCCCCAACAACCAAAUGGACUGUUUCAGUAUCUCUCGACAGUUUUUGCAACUGAUUUGCAUUCUCGAGCAUUUUUACAGCUUCCUAAGUCUCUCGGUGUGGAUUUUCGUGCCUCGUGUUUUUGCCAUAAGAAGACAAUAGACAUGGGCUACAUUUGUUCUGUGUGCUUGUCCAUUUUUUGUAAGCAUCACAAGAAAUGUUCAACUUGUGGGUCAGUAUUUGGUCAAGCCCAGUUAGAUGCUUCCUCAACAUCCAACAGGAAAAGAAAGACGCCAGAGACAUAAUGUUAGUUCUCUAAAGCAUGCUUGAUUUCGGGUUCUUCCAUAUCAUCUAUACCAGUUAAAUGCUAGCGUAAUACUGAAAUUGCUUUCGUUAACAUUUACGGGCAGUAAGUUCUAUCCGUUUGGUGUUUGUUUUAUGAAAGCCGUCUGGGAACCAGUUUUGCCGAGAUUCUUGCACGCCGCCUUGUUGUAGAAUUUGGCCACCAUAGCGAAGUGCAUCACUGUGUUUUGUGAUGCCAAACUGCGGCAUUUUUUGUGGAGAGAAAUCUGGCAGGGCUGAUUAUACGACUUAUGGCGAGCUGAUAGUUGCUAAGAUUCUUUAAACUUUCUUCUUGUCUUCUUAAAGUAGUCAUUUGCGCGCCAGAAAGAGCGGUGCAUGCGUGUCCCGAAUGAUUAUAUGAUGCUCAACGACACAUAAGAAACUGCAAAUUU